GAUUUUGGUUAAGAGGUUCAACAUUAUAAUGAAUCCUCAACAUUUAAAAGCCUUAUGCAAAAUCUGCGAGCAGGGUUUUCUAAAACCCUAAACAUUAGGGUUUUUGUCACAGAAAUACAAAUAAACCUCUCACGUGAUUGUUUAGAGGGAGAAGACUGCUAUCGUUGUAGCUGCUGUUAAAAAUAUCUAAGUAAAUUUCAACAGAAAUAAUCAAAGCUUUUUUGAGCUGCAUGAGAAAAAAACAUUAUCCGAGAGCUGCCGAUUUUGAAAGAUUUUGUAGCCGCUGCAGCCAAACAAAAUGGCGCAGACGCUUUAUCUGUUGUUUGAAUUUGCAUCUGGGUAUGGGCUUUUUGAGGCGUAUGGAAUAGAUGAAAUCGGGCAGAACACGGAUGCCGUUCAGGCUUCAGUUGUCGAGUUAAAUAGAUUUGGGAAAGUUGUGAAAUUGGUGGCCAUUCAGCCGUUUGGUUCUGCAUCAGAUGCACUCAACCAAUGCAAUGCAGUUUCUGAGGGGAUACUAACAGAUGAGUUGAGAAACUUUUUAGAGCUCAACUUGCCAAAAGUGAAGGAAGGGAAGAAAGCAAAAUUCAGUCUGGGUGUGUCAGAACCUAAGUUAGGCUCCCAGAUUCUUGAAGUUUUGAGGAUUCCUUGUCAGAGUAAUGAUUUUGUGCUGGAGCUCCUUCGUGGAGUCCGUUUACAUCUGCAUACAUUCAUCAAGGAUCUUAAGGAGACAGACUUAGAAAAGGCCCAAUUGGGCCUUGGGCACAGUUACAGCAGAGCCAAAGUUAAGUUCAAUGUCAAUAGGGUGGAUAACAUGAUUAUUCAGGCUAUUAGUCUUCUUGACACUUUGGACAAAGACAUAAACACGUUCUGCAUGCGUGUAAGGGAGUGGUACUCGUGGCAUUUUCCGGAGUUAGCAAAGAUUGUUAAUGACAACUAUAUAUACUCAAGAGUUGCAAAAUUUGUGAAAGACAAGUCUACUUUAUCAGAUGAUGCCUUAACUGAGUUGGCUGAUGUAACUGGAGAUGAAGAUAAAGCUAAAGAUAUAAUAGAGGCUGCAAAGGCUUCCAUGGGGCAAGACAUUUCACCCAUUGAUUUGAUAAACAUUGAACAGUUUGCACAAAGGGUAAUAGAACUUUCAGAGUACCGGAAGCAACUUCAUGCUUACCUUGUGUCUAAGAUGCAGGAUGUAGCUCCAAAUCUUGCUUCUUUGAUUGGUGAAAUGGUAGGGGCUAGACUUAUCUCACAUGCUGGGAGUCUUACAAAUCUUGCAAAAUGUCCAGCAUCGACUCUUCAGAUUCUUGGUGCUGAGAAGGCACUUUUCAGGGCUCUUAAAACUCGUGGAAACACUCCAAAGUAUGGCCUUAUUUUCCAUUCAUCUUUUAUUGGAAAAGCUUCUGCUCGGAAUAAAGGCCGUAUAUCUCGCUACCUGGCUAAUAAAUGUUCCAUAGCUUCUCGUAUUGAUUGUUUCUCUGAGACAAAUACAAACAUUUUUGGUGAAAAACUUCGAGAGCAGGUUGAGGAAAGAUUAGACUUCUAUGACAAGGGGGUUGCUCCUCGGAAGAAUAUUGAUGUAAUGAAAGAAGCUAUUCAGGAUGUGGUGCAUGAAAAUGGCGAUGCACCUAUAGUUGAAUCUGAGAAGAAAAAGAUGAAAAAGAAGCAGCACAUGGAUCAAAUGGAGGUUGAUGGUCAUGAAGAGAUGGUGGCUGGUGAAGCAGAAGAGAAAGUUGAAAAGAAGAAAAAGAAGAAAAAAAAGGAUGAAGCAGGAGUUGACGUGUUGAUUGAAGCACCUUCAGCUGAAACAGAGCAAAGUAAGAAAGAAAAGAAACGUGCUAAAGACCCAAUGGAAAUUGUCACAGAAAAUGGUGUCACAAAUGAAGAGUUGCUGGUAUCUGAAAAGAAAAAGAAAAAGAAGAAGAAAGCUGUCAGUGACAUGGAUAUUGAUUCUGGAAAAGAGAAUGCUGUAAAUGGGGCACAUGUUCCCGAAGAGGGAAAACCAAAGAAGAAGAAGAAGCAGAAAGUAGAUCAUGACUCGGACUAGCCUUGUAAUUCAAACAUGUAUUUAUUUAUGGCACUGUAUUAAUGAUUGUGUUAUUUUGACUUCAAAUCAUAGCAACAAUUACCAGUCCUUUGUUAAAGUCUUUGGUGUGUUUCAAUUUUUGAGCAUUUUCAAAUUGGGGAACUGCCCCAGUCUUCACAGCUGUUGAAUGCCAACGUUAGUUGAUCUUGGUGUGAGGCCUUGCUGGAUUUUGAAUUUACUGGCAAUGCUGUAAUCUACUCGGUAGUUUUUUUCUGAAUCAUUAGAAUUACAUAUCAUUUUAAGUGA